AUGUCGGUUGACCACAGAGACGCGUUACCAUGGCCCCAAAAAGACAAUUUUGACAAAGAGGAUUAUCCCCUUGCCGCUCGCGCCUUUGUCGGUAAUCAACACACUGACAUCAACUGCAAGGUUGAUUCACGAACGGGGAGCUGGGAUGGCACGACUCCGAUUAAAGAUUUUUCCCCGAGCUCUACUGAACCCACCUCUAUGUUGAGUGACAAAAGUAGCUCUCGCGGAACUAUUGAGACGAAAAAUUCGGAGAGCACCUGCUUUUCGACCGACACUGGAGAUACAGAACAUCAAAUAAGUGAAGGGUCGUUAUCACCGCCAUCCUAUUUUAAUAAUGAAGGAUCAAACCUGAUAUCAUAUUCCUUGCCAAAUGCUUCGCAUGAAGUUAGUCGUUUCAAUAUUGAGCACCAAGCACCCACUUUGUCAGAUGCUGUUAUGCCUCCAUGGCCGACACCCCAAAUGUCUUCUAAAGAACGUUUUUCAUCGGGGUGGUCUGAGUUUUCUAGCAAUUUUAAUGAGGCCACACUUUCGCCCACUUCAAGGAGUCAUCUGUCGCGCCACGGUUAUCACUCAACUUGCUAUGAAAAUUUUGCACCAAGUCGGCUUAGUGUUUCUAAUGCGGAGCGAACACUUUAUCAUCACAUGCAUUUACAAUACGAAUCCUAUUCGGGUCCCAAUUGUCACCAUUCCUACCUUAGGAAGGUUCCCACUCAUUUCCCAAUGAAUGACCCGCGAUUUCAAAAAAAGCCAGAUCCUUGCGUAGGUGAAGCUUUUUGUCCCUCAGCGCCCCAGAAAGUCUUCAAUUGUCAAUCAAAUCGCCCCCCUAACCCGUUUUUCUGGAGGUCAAACAACCGGCCGUCCAGUCUCGCUGUCUCGCUACACGAAAGCAUUGAGGCAAGGAGGCGUUUUGCGGCUCAACCGCAUGUGUACCCGCAUGUUCCGAUGAACCGACGACUCCCUGAAGUUUUCGGUCAGGAGUUCUACCAUCGUAUACAGGAUCGCGUUCGACAUCCACAGUGCUCCCGCCAAGAUCCCUACGAUCAACUCUACAAUAUGUCGCCGGGUUACAAUGAGUUGCUGAAUUUUUAUCCUGACCACUCAAUUUCUAGGAUCCCUAAGUCUAGUUGUUCGCCAAGCACUGACCCUCGCACAAGCAGUCGCUUUAUUCCUACUUACCCCUGGGUUUCAGAUAUGCAACGUUAUCUUUCUCAUUCGAAGCCGUUUCGCCCUGUUCUAGAAAACCUCAAGAAGCGGAAUACAUCAUCCUUCCGAGGAUCCAAGCGUAAGCGAGCGCCAUGUUUAAACGAAGAAAAAUGUCCACCGAAGUCCUCAGUUGUCGAAACGUAUGACCCACUCACUCUUGGCCGCCUUCUCUCUCUUAACGUUUCUCAGUGUGUUUCGUCACCAGAUCUUGAAAUUCCUGUUGACUUGUACCCACCGGAACCUGCAUUGAAAAAGAGAAAGCUGCCGUGUCAUGAGGUACCAUCGGCCUCGGAGUUUGUGACCUCUGAAUGGAAUUUGGACUCAAGGCUGACCCCUCGUUGUGGCCUGAAAUAUACGUCCCUUCCAUUCAUACUUCGUGUUCCUGAUGUAGUAAAUUCCGAAAACUUUUCGUCCUUCUUGAAGAAUGAUAAAAAAAAUCAGAUCGAUCUAUCGAACAACUUUCUAAGCAAAGCAUUUGCUUCUGCGAUAGCUCGUCUCAAUGAAUCUCGUUUGCAGACUGCACCACCAUCACCUACGACCCCGAACUCUGCCCCGGAUCCCUUAUAUCUUUUUACCCCAAAACGGACCGUUUCAGUGACAUCUGAGUGCUUACUCGUCUCGCCUAAACGGCGACGUAUUACCGAUGUCGAGCUUUCCGAACUGCAAAAGCGUCAUCGGAAUGGUGGACCUGGUCUUUUUGAUUGUUCUGACACUCGAGAGAUUUAUUCCGAAAAGAGAAUGUGUUUGGAGACUUUUAAACCAUUAAGUGAAUGUUAUGUCUGCCAGCAUUGUGGAAUGCAAGUUUUGUUUUGCAGUGGCCCUAUUCCCGAAUCCGGAAAUUCAUCUUCAGUUGUCUUCUGCAGCGAAACCUGCAAAUCUAAAUAUUCCUCAGCAGUAAAGCAGAGGAGGCCAUCCCUCAACACAAUCCCAAACGCUUUAUUUUCUGAUCCUGUUAUUUCUCAGAUUCCAGUGCUGAUACACAGUCCACCUUCAAAGCUAUGCAAGAAUUGGUCUAAAGCGUCUUCCAUUACAAAGUAUAAAUCACGGCCUCAACGUGAGUUGCUUCCUGCCAUCACAACAAAGCGCUGGCAAGGUCCGCGUUGGACCGUGUUUUCAAGCAAGUCACUUACCUCCGUUUCUCGGGCUGAUAUGACAACGUUCGCAGCAGUGCCAAAGUGGCUGAAACCGGAAAUUGGGGGCAAUCAGUGCUUCCCUCUUCGUGAUACCCGAACUUGUGAGUUGUGCAAACAAGUGGGCGACGCCAAUGAGUCUAUUGAGGGGCGGCUUUUAAAUUACACCUGUGAUAGGUGGAUUCACGUUAAUUGCAUUCUGUGGUGCUACGAAGCCUACGAGACUCUUGAUGGUUGCCUCAUGAAUGUUUCUCAGGCUUUGGAAAAAGCAAGCCUCCAAACAUGUACCCACUGCCAUGCGUCGGGCGCCGGUCUCCCCUGUUUUGCCAUCGGCUGUCCUUUCGUCUACCAUGUUCACUGUGCUUACAGGAUUGGUUGCUCGUUCCAUGAAGACAGAAGUAUGUUCUGUCCAAUGCACUUGAAUCAAGCACCACGUGUGGGCAGAUUGGAGACACUCAACGUAUCCCGUCGUGUUUACCUCGCCAGGGACGAAUAUUCACUGGUUGAAGAUGUAAUUGGGACCCAGUGCUUGGCGACCACUGAUCAUCCACAUAGUUUUCGAGUCGGCACGCUUAUCUUAAAUUCCAUAGGACAGCUGUUACCUGAACACCUGGAGAGUGGUCGAUUCCACAAUAGUUCUUUCAUAUAUCCCGUUGGGUUUUCGACUACGCGCAUUUAUUGGUCUUAUAGGAGGCCUGGCAGGCGUUGUCGCUAUACUUGCACAAUCACUGAUUCUUGCCACGCUAAUCACGACGGCAGUAGCCAUAGUUUCAUUGAUGAUUUUCCAUCCGCCCAUCCUAGUCCGGUGUUUACGGUAACCGCGAGCGAACGCGGUUUUCCUGACGAUCACUUCAGGUCUGGAAACUGCAAUUUGGCAUGGCAGCAUGUUCUCACCACCGUCCGAGACUCUCGCAAACAAGCCAGGAUGACCUCACUGAGCCUUUUUCCCGUUGAAUUGCAGGGUGAAGAUCUCUUUGGUCUCUGUGAACCUCACAUUGUGCGUGCAAUAGAAUCUCUCCCAGGUGUGGAGCACCUCCGCGAAUAUGUUUUCAAGUUUGGCAAAAUGCAACUUAUCACCAAGAUGCCUAUAAUGAUCAAUCCAACUGGUUGUGCCCGCUCGGAGCCAAAGCUUAGAACGUACGUCCGAAGUCGUAAUCGUGAACCAGAAGGCUGUCAAGUAGUCUCAGCGCAGCACCAAACUCCCGUCGGUUCGCCUCAUUUAGGGUUUCUGCGUCCUCUAAAUCAGAUACCUCGUACUUGCUCACCCUCUCCUUUGACAGCUCCAACAGGCAAGCAGUCCUCUCCUAUUAUGAGCAAGUACCAGCAGUACCGACGUCUGCGGUUUGAAUGGAAGAAUAAUGUCCUUCUCGCUCGGUCAAAAAUUCAGGGCCUUGGAUUAUUCGCCGCUCGUGAUAUUGACAAACACGAGUUCAUAAUCGAGUACCUGGGUCAGAUGAUUCGUAACGAGGUGGGUAAUCGACGUGAGCGUCUCUAUGAAUCUCAGAACCGCGGAAUUUACAUGUUUCGUGCUGAUGAUGAGUGCAUUGUGGAUGCAACCAUGUACGGCGGCCUGGCGAGGUACAUAAACCAUUCCUGCGAACCGAAUUGCAUUGCGGAGGUAUUUGCCUUUGAGGCUUAUAAGCGAAUCAUCAUUAUUGCGAAGCGGUUUAUUAAGAAGGGCGAAGAGUUGACUUAUGAUUACAAGUUUGAUUUCGAGGAUGACAAACCGAGCAGAAUACCGUGCUUGUGUGGAUCGCAAUUUUGCCGCAAGUGGAUGAACUAG